GCAGGCGCGCGCCCUGGUGGAAAACGGCGGAGCUGCAGGCUCCGUUCCGGCUCCGACCCCGAGGCCGAAGGCCUUCCAGGUCACCUGAGAGUCUCCGCCCAAUGGGGCGGCCCUGGCCAGAAGCGGAGGAGGUGGCACCCGGGACCGAGCUGGGGUCUUGGAGGGAGAGAGGAUGGCAUCGUCGAGCCCUGACUCCCCAUGUUCCUGCGACUGCUUUGUCUCCGUGCCCCCGGCCUCAGCCAUCCCGGCUGUGAUCUUUGCCAAGAACUCGGACCGACCCCGGGACGAGGUGCAGGAGGUGGUGUUUGUCCCCGCAGGCACUCACACUCCUGGGAGCCGGCUCCAGUGCACCUACAUUGAAGUGGAACAGGUGUCGAAGACGCACGCUGUGAUUCUGAGCCGUCCUUCUUGGCUAUGGGGGGCUGAGAUGGGCGCCAACGAGCAUGGUGUCUGCAUUGGCAACGAGGCUGUGUGGACGAAGGAGCCAGUUGGGGAGGGGGAAGCCCUGCUGGGCAUGGACCUACUCAGGCUGGCUUUGGAACGGAGCAGCUCUGCCCAGGAGGCCUUGCAUGUGAUCACAGGGUUACUGGAGCACUAUGGGCAGGGGGGCGGCUGCCUGGAGGAUGCUGCGCCAUUCUCCUACCAUAGCACCUUCCUGCUGGCUGACCGCACUGAGGCGUGGGUGCUGGAGACAGCUGGGAGGCUCUGGGCUGCACAGAGGAUCCAGGAGGGGGCCCGCAACAUCUCCAACCAGCUGAGCAUUGGCACGGACAUCUCGGCCCAACACCCGGAGCUGCGGACUCAUGCCCAGGCCAAGGGCUGGUGGGAUGGGCAGGGUGCCUUUGACUUUGCUCAGAUCUUCUCCCUGACCCAGCAGCCUGUGCGCAUGGAGGCUGCCAAGGCCCGCUUCCAGGCAGGGCGGGAGCUGCUGCGGCAAUGGCAAGGGGGCAUCACGGCAGAGGUGAUGAUGGGCAUCCUCAGAGACAAGGAGAGUGGUAUCUGUAUGGACUCGGGAGGCUUUCGCACCACGGCCAGCAUGGUGUCUGUCCUGCCCCAGGAUCCCACGCAGCCCUGCGUGCACUUUCUUACCGCCACGCCAGACCCAUCCAGGUCUGUGUUCAAACCUUUCAUCUUCGGGGUGGGGGUGGCCCAGGCCCCCCAGGUGCUGUCCCCCACUUUUGGAGCACAAGACCCUGUUCGGACCCUGCCCCGAUUCCAGACUCAGGUAGAUCGUCGGCAUACCCUCUACCGUGGACACCAGGCAGCCCUGGGGCUGAUGGAGAGAGAUCAGGAUCGGGGGCAGCAGCUCCAGCAGAAACAGCGGGAUCUGGAGCAGGAAGGCCUUGAGGCCACACAGGGGCUGCUGGCCGGCGAGUGGGCCUCACCCCUCUGGGAGCUGGGCAGCCUCUUCCAGGCCUUCGUGAAGAGGGAGAGCCAGGCUUAUGCGUAAGCUUCAUAGCUUCUGCUGGCCUGGGGUGGACCCAGGACCCCUGGGGCCUGGGUGCCCCGAGUGGUGGUGAAGUUGGAGCAAUCCCUUCACGCUCCUUGGCCAUGUUCUGAGCGGCCAGCUUGGCCUUUGCCUUAAUAAAUGUGCGUUAUUUUC